UUCACAAAGAUAUACAACUAUGGGGUUUAGCAACCUUUCUCUAUCCAUAUGCUCCAUUGCAUUACUCUUAGCUGCUCAAGUCUCCCUAGCCCGAAAAGUCGGUUAUGCUCCGAACCCCUCAAACCCCCACCAAGACUUCGUCGACGAACACAACAGAGCUCGAGCAGCAGUCGGCGUCGGUCCAAUCCGAUGGAACGACACUGUAGCAGCCUACGCUCAGAACUAUGCCAACACAAGAAUCAGAGGGUGUGACAUGGAGCACUCGGGAGGGCCUUACGGCGAAAACUUGGCGGAAGGCUAUGGAGAAAUGACGGGCGCUCAGGCCGUGAAGUUUUGGGUGACUGAGAGACCAAACUACGACUACGGCUCCAACAAAUGUGUUGGGGAUGAAUGUGGGCAUUAUACUCAGGUGGUUUGGCGGAACUCGGUUCAUCUUGGUUGUGCUAGGGCAAAGUGUGACAACAAUUGGGUUUUUGUCAUUUGCAGCUACGAUCCUCCUGGUAACUAUGAGGGCGAGCGUCCCUACUAGAAUUGGAAGGCAUUUGAUCAAGCUGAUGAAGUUGAGAUGGUGGACUGGAACUUGGAACAGAUUGGAUGUUGUUGGUUGAUGUUAAAGUAGUAUUUUGGACUAAAUAAUGAUUGGGUGGAGUUCACGUGAAGGUGGGGUCUCUCUUUUGUAAAACAUCAUGUGGUGAACAAAUGUACUAUUGAUGUUCGUUUUUACUCUUAAAGAAUGUAUUGUUCUCUAUU